CCUCCCACGAAAUAUUCCACUCGCGGAGUUAUCAAAAGAUAUUUUAUUCUCGAUAAGAAAUGCCCGCGUGUUAAAUAAGAAGCAAGUCUUCGAAACCCGAAAGUCCGGUUCUUUCUUCGAGAGUCGUGGCCUUGACAACUUUUGGGACAACUAUGUGAUAAUUGUGUAACAAAAUUGUUGGGUGGUUUCUUAGUUACGCGGUUUGUGAUGAGUUUCCCAAAGGAAGACGCCUAUUUCGUUUGGAUUCAACCGCUCUGCCUCAUUUUCCCCGGGAGUGUCGACUGGAACGGAGGCUGCUCCGGAGCAAUACGUGGAUUCGUUCGAGAUUCAGCCAAAUAUGGCGUUUACCGUUACCGAUACCGUUUACGGGCCCGUGAGCCUUCCCGCCUACAUCCGGCCAGUGGCGGAAGUGGCCGAGUUUAAAAGAUUGAACCAUCUGAAGCAGCUCGGUGUAGCCAGAGACGCACGAUUUAGCGGAGCACAGCAUACUAGAUAUCAGCAUUCGAUCGGAGCCUGCUAUUUGGCCAACCGGUUGUUGGACGCUCUAAGUCUAACCCAUCCGGUCGACGAAACAGAUCGAAAGUGUGUGCUGUUGGCCGCUUUGUUGCACGACGUUGGCCAUGGACCAUUUUCGCACAUGUGGGAGAAGUUUGUCGAAGUGUACGGUGAAUACUGGAAGCACGAAGAAUCCUCCGUUAGAAUCGUCGAUGGAAUAUUGCGUCGGUCAACGGAUCUGUCGGAGCAGGAAAUAGCGCUGGUGUGUGGCCUUAUCGGUGGUGACGCGUUCGGGAUGCUAAGUCCCGAUCGACGAUUCCUGAGCCAGAUUGUUAGUGGCGAUGUGGAUGUCGAUCGUUGCGACUAUCUACAGCGCGAUUCACAACAUGUGCCCGAUAUCAUAAGCCCAUCGCGUCCCUUUCGAACAAUCUUCGAUCGUGCACGGGUCAUGCAGCUGGGCAGUGAAUCCAUUUUGGCGUACGAUCUACGAGAUUACCCGCUAAUAUACGAGAUGGCCUGUGCUCGCCAAACGUUCCACAUUCGCUGUUAUCAGGACCCGAAAGUGUUGGCGGCCGAGCAUAUGAUGCUGGAUAUAUUGCACGAGGCGGAGCGUGUUGGAUUUCAGUUCUCCCGCAAUGGAGUGAGCGAGCGCCUGUCAAAUGUACACAAAAACCUGGACCUGUUCAAGUACUUAGAUGAUAGUAUUGUCGACGAGAUAGCCUGCAGCCAGCUUCCUGGGCUGGAGAAAGCCAAAGAGCUUAUUAACCGCUUGCGAAACCGCAAGCUGUACCAAGAUAUUUUGCUAUCGCCUGUCGAUUUGAGUGAUGAGGUGGAGGAGUUCAAUCGGACCCACGACGAGCCGCUGGUACGGCAGACCUCUCGACACAUCCGAUCCACCAAACAGUGGUUCGAGAAGUUUAAUGUUAACUUCUACGCUUGCAAUGGCACCGGCAACGGGAUGGUGAUUGUUCCAGCGGCGAGCGCCGGAGAGAUUGCCCCUGUGAUCGGCACGACGUUACCGGCGAGUUCGGAAGUGAAGGAUUACAUUCUCUUUUGCACCAGCGACGACGUGGAGGUGCAACGGGCAUCCAAACAUAAUUUUACCAACGUUUUGAAUGCCAAGCUCGAAAGCUAGUCAAUGCUGCGUUUACGCAAGUAUCUCUAAACCGUGUUUUGUUUUGGUUUACGGUUCAUCGAUCGAUCAUCCCAAAGGCCUUAUUUACUGUUUGAUUAAGAAAAGCUCCAUGAAAUUCGCCGCAGAAUUUUGUUUUACCAAAACAUCAGGUGAAACGUACACGCAUGCACUUUUUGUAUGCUCAUAUUCAUGCAACACCUGAUACUCGUGUGGACCAAAGACAAACAAGUAUGUUGCCAAGACGGUUCCUAUUUCUCAUGUCUUAAGUUUUGUGUUUUGUUAUCCGAAAACCGUUGAAAUGUUCAUUAGCAAGUAAGUUUGAGAUAUGGAAUAAUUUAGGAAGUGCACGAGAGGAUUCCAAUGAAGUGAAAACCGAAGUUACCUUACGAACUCCUCAGUAACCGGGAAUCGAGAAUUAUUACGUAGUAGCGCCAUGAAUUUUGUCUUCCUUUUUGUUUCGUGAAUAAAGCGAGCUUUUGUUUAUUUAA